AUGUCUGUAUGGAUAGUAGAUGUUAUUGGAACAUGGAAUUGGUAUUUUGCUUUCCAUGCAGCACCUUCUGAUGGUAAAAUGGCUGAAUACAAAGAAGAUGGGCUUUCCGUUGAUGUCAAAUUACCUGUUAAGCCUGUAUUAUCUAGAGAGCUUCAACUUUACUUUGACAAGAUCGUGGACAUUACCAUGAAUAAAUCAGUCUCAGUUCUCUUUCAACAAGCAUUACUGAGUUUGGCAACAGACUCGGGAUUACAUCCUUUAGUUCCUUAUUUUACAUAUUUCAUUGCGGAUGAGGUUGUUUUAAAUUUGAAUAAUUUCCCUCUCAUGUUUGCUUUGAUGCGUGUUGCCCGGAGUCUUCUCCAGAAUGAACACUUACACAUAGAACCUUACUUACACCAGUUGAUGCCAUCUAUUAUUACCUGCCUCGUUGCAAAAAGGUUAGGAAAUAAAUUCACCGACAAUCAUUGGGGACUUAGAAACUUCGCAGCAAAGCUAGUGGCAUCAAUAUGCAAAAGGUUCGUUUACUUAUACUACCAAAUCUUGAAGCAUAAACGAAAAGCAAGCACUGGCACCUUGAUGCAGCAGCAACCACCUGCCAAGAAAAUAGCAACUGAGAGUGCAAUAGGUAUGAUGCCAAUAAAUUCCAUGCAAACUGAUUUACAAGGGGCAGUUAGCGGCUUUUCUACCACCAUAGGAGGUUCCAAUAUUGGUGUAUCAUCAAUGUCACGGCCGUUAUCAAAUGAUAACAAGACAUCAACCGUUCUAGCUCAGGCUUGGAAGGAAGACACAGACCCAGGGAACUUGUUAGCAUCAUUAUUUGAACUUUUUGGUGAAAGUAUGUUAUCAUUUACUCCCAAACCUGAACUUUCAUUCUUCCUUUGAUUAAAUUUCACCUCCAAAAGCUAUGGUUUUUGAAGGAAUUUGUGUAAAUUAUCCCCAUAGUUUUUUUCAGUCUUACUGUGUUUAUCUUUAUAAGUCUUCUUUUUUUUCCUUGCUCAUAAAUGUAUUGUAGUUAU